GUAAUUCACAGUGUUGACAAUCGCUGUGGCGGCUGGUUUGGCAUCAGUUUUGCGUGUGGAGGCUGGCCUGACCGCAGUCCUUUUACGCAGCUGUGCGCGCUCCCGCGGAAGACGAGCAGGUUGUCGGUGCGUGAUCAUUAUUUAGCAAGGCACCCGGCAGCAGCAUCCGGUGCACCGUCUCCCAUUCAUCGCAAACCCCAACUUGACUGCUCGUCGUGCAAAAAUGCCCUCACCGAGGACCAUCACCAUCGUAGCCCUCUCCUUCGCCCUCGGCUUGUUCUUCGUCUUCAUGGGGACCAUUAAGCUGACUCCGAGGCUCAGCAAAGACGCGUAUAGCGAGAUGAAACGGGCAUACAAGAGCUAUGCCAAAGCUUUGCCAGGCCUGAAAAAGAUCGGCGUGACCUCUGUGCUGCUCCGCAAGAUCAUCGGCUCCCUAGAGGUGUCCUGCGGUGUGGUCCUGACCUUGGUUCCGGGCCGGCCCAAAGACGUGGCCAACUUCAUGCUCCUGCUGGUCAUGCUGGCUGUGCUGUUCUUCCACCAGCUUGUCGGCGACCCUCUCAAGCGUUACGCCCAUGCUCUGGUCUUCGGCAUCUUGCUCACCUGCCGGUUGCUCAUUGCCCGGCAGGGCGAUGAGCGGCCAGAGAGGGAGGAGAGCAGGGAGGAGCAGCAGCCGCAACAUCAGCAGCAUGUCAAUGACCAGGAAAAGAACAAGGUCAAGCAGUCUUAAAAGCAUUUUUCUCCCACAACUCCCCCGGUACAGUGAAGGGAGUCAUUGAUAUUUUUAACACACAUAACUUGGAACUGGUGAUUACUCAUCACCUCGACAUGACUGCGGACAAUCAUCACUAUGGACAUGAGCUCAUGUCAUUGUCUUGUCCCAUUCCAAAAUUAGCAGACAGUCCAGUGUUCCCCGAUACAUCAUGGAUUUUUUUU